AUGACGUACAUCGCCACCACGGCAGCCGGCAUCAUCACGUGGAGGCCACGACUCACUUUCAAAGGCCUCAUCGAUGUAGUCCCACCGCCAGCCCAUGUCGAUCCGCGCCGACGACAACGGUCGACCAACCAACCACCACAAACGCCACAGUCCCACCCUCGUGGCGCUUUCAACCACGCCAUCAUACUCGGCUGUCGUGUGCUGCCUCGUCGAUGCAUUCUUGUGUUGCAACACCGCGCUCGCACCCGACCUUGUCUACGACCGAAUGCUGACCUUUCCCCCAAUCACGUACGUCAUUGCUUUUCGACAGCUGUCGGCAAGAACAAGAAGCUCUCCAAGGGCAAGGGUAACAAGAAGAGGGCUGUUGACCCCUUCACCCGCAAGGACUGGUACGACAUCAAGGCCCCGACCUUCUUCGAGAACCGCAACGUUGGCAAGACGUUUGUCAACCGCUCGCAGGGUCUCAAGAACGCCGAUGACUCGCUCAAGGGCCGCAUUGUGGAGGCCUCGCUCGCCGACCUCAACAAGGACGACGAGCAGGCGUACCGCAAGUUCAAGCUGAAGGUCGACGGCAUCCAGGGCCGCACCUGCCUCACCAACUUCUACGGCAUGGACUUCACCUCGGACAAGCUGCGCUCGCUCGUGCGCAAGUGGCAGUCGCUCAUCGAGGCGCACCAGGACGUCAAGACCACCGACGGCUACCUGCUGCGCGUGUUCGUGAUUGCCUUCACCAAGAAGCGUGCCAACCAGGUCAAGAAGAACACGUACGCCAAGUCGUCGCACAUCCGCGCCAUCCGCCAGAAGAUGUUCGAGAUUGUGCAGCGCGAGGCCAACUCGUGCGACCUGCGCGAGUUUGUGGCCAAGCUCAUCCCCGAGGUGAUUGGCCGCGAGGUCGAGAAGGCCACGCAGGGCAUCUUCCCGCUCAAGGACGUCUACGUGCGCAAGGUCAAGGUGCUCAAGGCGCCCAAGGACGACCUGAACAAGCUGCUCGAGGUUCACGGCGGUGCUGCCAUCGCUGGCGCCGAGGACGCCGGUGUCAAGGCACGCAACACCGAGUUCAAGGAGCCCGCUCCCCUCACCUCGGUCUAA